CUGGUAAGUGUGCAUUAAACCAAAGUGAUUGGGGCAAAGGCCAAGGUAGCAGAAGCCACUGAUUUCCUGUCACCUGGUAUCUAUGAGAGGCCCCAGACCUGCCUUAUGUCACUCACCCCUGUGUAUGUGAGACACCAGCAGUGGAAGUGAACUCAGCAGGAAGCAUCCGAAUCAGCCACGCGCCCGAAGGCCUCGGACACUCAGGAGUUCUGAGCGUGAAAUGACGACACCCAGAAAUUCAAGGAGUGGAACUUUCCAAGCAGAUCCUAUGAAAGGUCCUACUGCCAUGCAUCCUGUUCAAAAAAUAAUUCCCAAAAGGAUGCCUUCAGUGGUGGGCCCUACACAAAACUUCUUCAUGAGAGAAUCUAAGACAUUAGGGGCCGUCCAGAUUAUGAAUGGGCUCUUCCACACUGCCCUAGGCGGCCUCCUGAUGAUUCACACGGAUAUCUAUGCACCUAUAUGUAUAACUGUGUGGUACCCUCUCUGGGGAGGCAUUAUGUAUAUCAUUUCUGGAUCACUCCUGGCAACAGCAGACAAAAACCCCAGGAAGAGUUUGGUCAAAGGGAAAAUGAUAAUGAACUCAUUGAGCCUCUUUGCUGCUAUUUCUGGAAUAAUUUUUUUGAUCAUGGACAUAUUUAAUAUUACCAUUUCCCAUUUUUUUAAAAUGGAUAAUUUGAAUCUUAUUAAAGUUUCCACACCAUAUAUUAACAUACACAACUGUGAACCAGCUAACCCUGCUGAGAAAAACUCUCUGUCUAUACAAUAUUGUGACAGCAUACGAUCUGUUUUCUUGGGCAUUUUUGCUGUGAUGAUGAUCUUUACCUUCUUCCAGAAACUUGUGAUGGCUGGCAUUGUUGAGCAUGAAUGGAAACAACUGUGCUCCAAACCUAAAUCUGAUGUAGUUGUCCUGUUAGCUGCUGAAGGAAAAAAAGAACAGCCAAUUGAAACAACAGAUGAAAUGGUUGAGCUGACUGAAACAUCUUCCCAACCAAAGAAUGAAGAAGAGAUUGAAAUUAUUCCAGUCCAAGAAGAAGAAGAAGAAAUGGAAAUAAAUUUUCCAGAGCCUCCCCAGGAUCAGGAACCUUCACCAAUAGAAAAUGACAGCAUUCCUUAAAUGAUUUUUUUUUCUUUCUGUUUCUUUUUCUUAGGCAUUAGAAACUAGUGUUCAUAGCUUCCAAGAGACAUAUCCACCCCCAUUUCCUGAGGCCUUCUGCAAGUAUCCUCCAUCUGUCUCUCUGGCCUUUGCACAGAGUGACCACAGCUCACUCACGCUCACUCUCUCUCUCUCAUGCAGAUAACACAGCCACUGCAGGCAAAACAUGUCAGCAUGUUUCCUGUCUGGGGCAGCUUACUUACAUUACAAGGCAGACUAGGUGCUGCGCUGCAUGAUUUCUCACUAGCCUUUUCCUUAGAUAAGACUUUGUAGUAGUGGUCAAAGUGGCAAUUCCAUCUCUGCCCCUAAUGAGAAAGAUAAACGUGGGCUCCAGGCCAUCCUGAAACUAUCUUUAAUUCCUUCCACAUCUACAUAUUUUGUGGAGUCUCUUUUGCACCACUGUCUUAAGGAAAGUAAAAAAUCGUAAUACUGAGGUGCAAUAAGGAACUAUUCCAUCUUUCUAUGGGGCUGACACUGUGGUACAUUCUUAGAGCAUCCACACCCCAUCACGGAAGCUCUAAGUGGCCAAUACCAACCCUUUCUUUGUACAAACAGCACAGCUUAUAAAUGGACAUGUCUGUAUCUGUCUUAACUUUUCUUAACUCCUGCUCUAGGCUCUUGGUUGCACUGUCUACCUACUUUUAGCCUUUAGGCAAGAGAAGAAUCAAAGAAAAUGCCAUAAUGAGUACCCAAAUCUUAAAUGAUAAUCAACAGUUGUAUUUGUAAUUUCCAGUUCACAAAGUAGUUUAUCAAAUAAUUACAUUUGAUCUUCUAUAAUCAAGAAAAAAACCCAUCCAUAUUUUACAAAUGAUUCAAAGAGGCUAAGUAAUUUAUAAAUAAGUAAAGGUAAUUUGUCAGUGGUCACAGCUAGUAAUUUUGAGAGCCUUUUUUCAGACCCAGAUCUUCUUACUCAAAUCCUAUAAUGUCUGAAAUAACCAAACUGCCUGCAUAAACUACUUGAGCAAAGUCAACAGGUUUUAAUAAGCACCUGCUCUCUGACCAGCAUGAGACAGGUGUUGAGAGAAACACAAAAGAGUCAGGAAUCAAGUUUUACUCCUUGGGGAUAAAAAAACUUAAACAUUCACAACAUUUGGAAAACUACUUACAUCAUUAAUAUAUACUUAGCUGUAGAUUACAUAAUGCAGACACUAAGUGCUAUGGACAUUUUCAAAAAAGAAGAUCAUGCUUGAAAAUAAUAUAAUUAGUUAUGAUGCCAAAUCUCAGGCAAUAGCUACCUUACUUCUCAAUUCCUGUUUAUGUUAAGACAUACUAGUACCCUACAUAGAAAGAAUGCUGAUAUAAUCUAUCAAUUACAUUUGAGCAUUUUCCAUAUUUAAGUGCUGCCAGAUUCUGGCAAGUAUACAAAGAGAUUUCUACUCCUUGUGAUAUUUCUACUUUUUUAGGGACCACCAAUAGAAGAUAUUUUCUGUGAUUAGAAAAAAAAAAGAGAUGAGACAUUUCUCUAUGUAAAGUCCUCAAAAUUAGCUUUAAAUGAAUAAAACUGUAUUUGUGUUCCUGUCUGAAA